CAUCACGUCAUCUGUCACAGAAAGCUACUAGAGGGAUAAAUGCGUUUAGCUGUGCAAGCUUUGCAAAAUUGAAUGCAAAAGCUGCAAAGAGAAAUGGAAAGCUUACUGAAAAAAGAAUUGAAUACCUCAACUCUGAAGGCAACGGGACGUGCAGGGGGCGGUUGCAUUAGCGAAGGACAGAGUUAUGAUACUGACAGCGGAAGAGUGUUUGUUAAAGUUAAUCACAAGAGUGAGGCAAGGAAAAUGUUCGAUGGAGAAAAGGCAAGUCUGGAAGCCAUCCUACAAACCAACACUAUAAAAGCACCAAAGCCAGUUAAAGUAAUUGAUCUCUCACCUGGUGGGGGCGCUGUGUUUGUUAUGGAGCACUUGGAUAUGAGAAGUAUAAACAGACAUUCAGCAAUGCUUGGGGAGCAGCUAGCGGACCUGCACCUUCACAAUCAGAGUCUGAAAGAGAAGCUGGACAAGGGAGAGCAGACUGUCGGGAAGGGCUCCGGACAGUCAGAGGUCCAAUAUGUGGAUAAGUUUGGCUUUCAUACAGCCACCUGCUGUGGAUAUAUUCCACAGGUGAAUGACUGGCAGAGCGACUGGGUUUCAUUUUACACCCAGCAGAGACUGCAGCACCAGCUGAACAUGGUAGAGAAGGACUACGGUGACCGAGAAGCGAGAGAGCUUUGGGCCAAGCUCCAGCUGAAAAUUCCAGACCUGUUCCGUGGUGUGGAAAUUGUUCCAGCCUUGCUCCACGGUGAUCUCUGGGGAGGUAACGUUGCAGAGAAUGAGGCUGGGCCCCUCGUUUUUGACCCGGCUUCCUACUAUGGGCACUCUGAGUUCGAGCUGGCCAUUGCAGGGAUGUUCGGAGGAUUCGGGGGGUCCUUCUACUCAGCGUACCACAAGAAGAUCCCCAAAGCGCCUGGCUUUGAGAAGCGACUGAAGCUGUAUCAGCUCUUCCACUAUUUAAACCAUUGGAACCAUUUCGGAACAGGGUACAGGGGCUCUUCCCUUAAUAUCAUGAGGAACCUGGUCAAAUAACUGCAUUGAGAAUGAAGUAUACCUCCUGGUGUACCUGUUACCAGAACCCUUCCAGCAUGACCACAAUAUAACGUGACACUUGUUUUUUGCAGUAGAUAACAGUAACUGGCUGUUGGUUUGUUUUAGCUUUGAUAGGAGCUAUGGUUCUAAUCAUUUAUAUUGUGCACAUUCUAUGAAAUGUUUCAAGUUACUCAAUAUAAUUAGUCAGAUCAGCCAUUCGCAAAUGACAGUGGCCCCAUUUAAAUAUUAUGGAAAACCAUGAUCCUGCCUUUCAGUGGUUAUGGGGACAAGGUUUUAUGAUGGUAUUACAUUGUGAUCACACAUGAGAUUAAAUUGUAUGUUACAACUACAUGUCCAAUACAGUGCAAUUGUUGUGCUUCAAAAUAUACUUGUAAUUACAAAUUAUAACCUAACAACACUAUGGGAAUCGCCCGUCAUUAACACUGGACUAGAUAUACUGUACUAUCGGUAUUACAGUAGUAUGCAAACUAUGGUCCACUUGACUGUAUACUUCCGAUUUGCCAUUGCAAAGCAACCCCAGUCAGAAACCCUGUGGAAAAGAAUUGGAUAUCCUAACAGGAUCUUGAGCCUUUCCAUCUGAAUGUUGUUUUAGUAAUCCUGCAGAACAAUGUGGGAUCGAAAAAAAAAAAAAUUGACUAUGACAAAAGGGACCAUUCUUAAUGUAGGAUAUCCAUGCAAGACCAUAGUGUUUUGUGCAUUAAGACCAGAUCUACACACAAAGGCUGUAUGUAGUGAAGGCACUGCCUGUUUUGAGAUUUAGACUGUCAUUAGUAUGAAUAUAGGGUCGUUUUCCAUUUAAACCUGUUUCAUUGUAAAUGGCUUGUUGUGACUGUCUGCUUAGAUAUUUACAAUACAAAACAUGGCUAAAUAAGUGAAUUCUACAGCACCUACUAAAACAAGACUGUAAGUUAUUUGCUUGCUGUACCAGGUGUAAUCGUGCUGCAAUUAGUUUUAAGUAACCAAUCCUUAAAAAAGAAAUGAUGUAAAGUCUAAUACACCUUUUGCUUACUAACACGUGUUUGCUUCCUUUAUCUUGACAUGAAGAAACUGUACAUUGAGGACAGCUCCCUCUGCUGGUUAAAGUUAUUAAUGUACAAUGAGGACAGGUGUAUUAACGAUCCCAAGGGAUCAGAGUAGGAUACUCUUAAUGGCACUUACCAUACUUGUGUAUGUGAGAAAGGGGUUAUUCCACAGCAGCACUUAGAAAGUAUUAAGUUUUCUGUGAUUAGCCCUUACAAAAUACACAAUAUCUGUGAUGUGUGGUGCAAUGGCAGAACAAAUAAAAUGCAAAGAAUUAAUAAA